AAUAAAUUAUAUCUCUAAGGAAGGAAGGAAUGUGUAAUUUACUCUAGAAAUUAAAAGAAAAGAAACUUAAGAUAUCAACUUUGACCAUUACUAAAACUCAACACAUGGGCCAUUUUUGUUAGACAAAUGUGAAUAGAACUGGAGAUAAUGGUAAAAAUUUAAAAUUAGAAAAAAAAAAAAAAAGUAAGUGCAAUAAAUUAUAUCUCUAGGGGGAGGAACGUGUAAUUUACCCUAGAAUAUAAAAGCAAAGAAACUCGGGAUACUCUUCAUUACUACAACUUUUCACUAAGACACUACUUUUUCUUCUUAUCCAAACAAGAAAUCCAUUUCCACCUUCUUCCAUUCUCUUCUGAAAAUACUAGUAUAUAAUAAGGAAGAAGUAGAUUAAUUACCUCACAUUAUUCAUCUUUCUCUCUCUUAAUCGUCUUCUCCGUAUGCGAAGCCGGCCUUUUCCAAGAAAUUUGCAUUAUCAAUGUCCCAAACACCUCCCAAACAAUCCAAACCAGAGACGACGACGACGACUCUGACGAACACCCAAACCCAUGUCAAACAACUGCUUGGGAAUGGUUUGCAUUUCACGAAUCUCUGACCCAAUCAGAGGCCGUUGCUGUCCCUCGGACCCCGUCGUCGACGACGACCCAGUUGUUCGGCAACAUGGAGGACCGGUACUUGUGUGCCAGAGUCGCCGCCGCGUGCCGCCCUUUGCGUUUACAUGCCUGAGGACAACUCGUGGCAUGAUUUUCCCAAGAUGCAGUGCGAGCACCGUAACCCGAUUGCUGCCGCCGCUGCGAUUGUUGAUAAAUUUCUCUAUCUUGCUGGAGGGUAUGAAGGCAAUCCAACUCAUGCUGAUCCUUCUGCUUAUCUCAACUCGGCAGAGCGGUUUAACCUCAGUACAGGGGAAUGGCAAGCAUUGCCAUCCAUGCAAAAAGCAAGGGCAUUUGCAACAGGUAUUGCUCACAAGGGCAAAUUUUACGUUUUUGGUGGCGCAACUCCUAAGCACUCAGCUGAAAUCUACGAUCCUCCCUCAAAUACAUGGUUGUCUAUAGACUCAUUUGUGCCAGAGGAGGCCGAUGGGUAUGCAGUGACAUCGACGUUUAUGAAUCUGGUAAUACUGACCUGGUCAGAUCCACUAGGCGUAAAACUGUGGCUGCGGGUUGAAAAGAGUAAUGAAGCUUUGGAGAAUGGUACGUGGACGAUUGUCAGUGACUUUCCAAACAAUGAAGAAGUUGACAGGUUGCGAUUCAGGCAUCAUGGGGCAAAAAUGGUGAAACUUGGGAACGAGGUGUGUGUUCUGAUGGGAAAGACUGAUUGUGUUUGGAGAGUGGGUGGACCAGUAGCGUGGCCAAUUUCCAUCUCCAAAUUUUUGUCCUGGCGGUGGGCAUGAAGUGGUGCGUGAUGGCGAGACCUAUGCCUUCUCCAUCCAGGCUGAUGGCACAAUUGGUUGGAGAGAGAUUCCCGUUUACAUUAUUAAAGAGAAAUGAGAAUGGCAAAACAAGAUUUGCCUAGUUGAGUAGGUUUUUUUGCAUGCAUAAUUCUUUCAUCCAAAGUUUAGUUUUUCAAAGUGUAAAGUUGAAUGAUUGAACUAUUUUGAUGGUUACACAUACAGAUGGGAUUACAAAACAGUAGUUGUAGCAAAAUGUAGAUUCUAUACUAGCCGAUUCAGAGCAAGGGAAAAUGUCUCCUCUUUUUCGAUUUUCAAAUUUUUUCCCCCUCUUUUUGGGGGCUAAGAGGGUGAAGCAAUUUUCUAUGUACACAUUAAAGAGUAGUAGUAAUUCUGAUAUAAGAAGUUGUGUUGUGAUUUGGUUUAUAUUUUCUUAA